CUGCCUUCAGAUUAAACCUGUGUUGACCGACGCAUUUGUGCUCAGGCGUCAGCACGGGCAGCUAAAAGGAGGACCUUCAGAGCUGCUCAUGUGUUGAUUCAUUCCAGUGUGUCACAGCACAGUGCAUGCAAACACUCUGCAAACAUGGCCACCAAAAUCCAGAGACUGACCGAGGAGGAGAGAGCUCAUCUUCUCCCGCUGCUGCAGAACGCCCAAUGGGUGGAGGUGGUGGGACGGGACGCCAUCUACAAGGAGUUUGUCUUUAAAGAUUUUAAUCAGGCUUUUGGGUUCAUGUCCAGAGUGGCACUGCAAGCGGAGAAGAUGGACCAUCAUCCUGAGUGGUUCAACGUUUACAAUAAGGUCCAGAUCACCCUGAGCACACACGACUGUGGAGGUUUGUCCCAGCGUGACAUCACGUUGGCCACUUUCAUCGACCAAGCCUCUCUGAUGUGACAAGAUGGAGCAUCGCGACACAGUCCACGGAUAUCACAAUAAUGUGUCUCACAGAUUAUCAAAGAUCACUUACUGCCGGUCUAGAGAAGGUCAAAUGUACAUUUGAAAUGUUUGUUGAUGAGGUUUUUUUUUAAUUAGAAAUCCACUAUUUUUUAACGUCCUACAAUAUAUAUGUCAAAAUAGUUGAGUUUAAAUUUAGCAUGUACAGAUUUAGUUUUAGCACAUUUAAUGUACAGAUAGUAUUAAAGUGGCCACCUGCAUUCUGCCAUACUAUUUACCCCUGGUAUAUGGCAUAUCUUCUAAUGCAGUUUUACCCAUAAGUAAAGUAACAGAACUGUUGGAAAACAACUGUCACCGGCAGAACAGCGCCAUCAUCUGACUGUAAAGUCAUGUGAGAGUAUGCACAUCAUCAGGUGCAUUAUAUGAUGUGUCCUGUUUGUGUUUGCCAAUAACCAUGGAUUGAAGUGGUUCAAUUAUCCUACCAAUUUUGAAAUCAUUGAUCGCACUGAGGCUGAAACUUACGGACAAAUAAUUAUCGUAUGUUCGGUAACGCUGGAUUGCUUUCUCAUCUGGUUAUGUUGCAUAGAUAUUUACACAUUGAUGGCUUAGAAAAAUGCCAUCAAUACCAUUUUGUGUUGGAUUUUAUUGCAAAAUGUUGGUCAUCAAAUAAAUAAAUGUUUGAACUGAAACAUGAGCCCAAAA